AAAGCUCUAACGAAGCAUACAUGCAGCAUAGUAUCCUUCCAAUGAUGUCUGCAGUACACCUUUAUUUUCUACUAUCGGCUCUUGCAGGAUCUAGUUACGCAAUAUCAUGUUAUUGGUGUUGGACAUCUAGUGAUCAGGGCGACCUCUGUACAGAUAAUAGUGUAGAAUGCCCAGAUGGUUAUUUCUGUUCGGCCACAAUUUUUGAAUACUACCAAGAUAUUUCCAAGGAGCGUACUUAUAUUUAUGUUUACAGUGGAUGUGUUCCACCGGACCAAUGUGGUAGGAUGGGAAGUUUCAGCUCUGCAUUGGAAACAACAUGGAUAGCUACCGCCUGCUGCGAAACCGACAAUUGUAUCCCGGAUGUACCUGCAACUAUAAGGACCAGCACUGAUCCCAGUGGAGUAACAUGUCCAUCAUGUGCUUCUCGUGCAACUUUUGCUUGUGAACCUGAUGAAGUAAUGGCGUGUCGAGGGGACGAGACCAACUGUGCUUUGAAAACCACUACAUUCCAAGCAUACUAUGAUGACAUAAGUAUGGAAUACUACUGGUAUGGUGUGUACGGCGGACCAGCAUUAUUUAACAACACGGGUAGAAUUCUGGAAUCAACAAAUUUCCAAUCGGGGUUGCGCCACUGAUAGUAUUUGCGACAUUGGUCCACAAUCUCUCGGUAAAUAUACUCUAAAAGAAACGGCUGAAUACACAUGUACCGGUGGUACUAAAGAAAGUUCCGGCUACCCCACUACUCUCAUCCUUUGUUGUAUUGCUCACAUUUUACUCUAUUUGUUUAUGUUUUAGAAAUUAAAUUAAUUAUUUAAAAAAAAAAAAAAUCUAAAUAAGAUCUUGAUUUCAGCACAGUGAUAUGUACUUUAUAAGGAAAUGUUAUUAUUCUUGAUCUUUUUUGUUCGGUCUUAUCUAAAAAUGAUGAUUGUAAUUCUGUAAUUUUGUUCAGUCACUUUUCUAACUUGGAUACGUCUGCCAGACAGAACACCCGGAAAGGUGAAACCACGUCGCCUUUCUUUCACUGCCAGGAAGGCAGUGAUGUCACCCCACCCCUCCCCUGUAUGCUGAUUGGACAAUGAAGGAGCAGAAGCACACAGGUCAUCAACUCUCCUCUUGUCAACAGGUUCCCUUUUUUGUAAAUGUGAAUGCUGAAGAGCCUACCGGCUUCCAGUCCUGCUCCACCCCCUUUCCAGUCUGAGUAGACAUGUGCGGUUUCUUUCGUUCCGCACACAUUUUUUGUUAUUCAUAGAUUCGGAUAUAUAUCCGAAUACCCGAAGUACAAUAUAAACUAAUUUUACUGAAUGCUCCAAAUAACGAAACAAAAUUUGUCAGAAUUUCAGAAAUUCAAACUGAAAUUCGAAUCAAAUUUUACAUUGAACUCCAGUCGAAUUCUAACUACACAUAUUGCUGAAAUUAAAGACUGUGGGCCAGAUUCUGGUA